AACAAACACUCUCUUAAUUACUAGAAGUAAAAAAAAAUGCCUUCAAUACACGAAGAAGAAAAAUUAGAGCCACUUUUAACACCAAAUCCAGACAGAUUCUGCAUGUUUCCAAUCCAAUACCCACAAAUUUGGGAAAUGUACAAAAAAGCCGAAGCCUCAUUUUGGACAGCAGAAGAAGUCGAUUUAUCGCAAGACCAACGUCAUUACGAGUCGUUAACAGACGGCGAACGUCACUUCGUGACUCACGUUCUCGCAUUUUUCGCCGCAUCAGAUGGAAUUGUUUUGGAAAAUUUGGCUUCAAGGUUUAUGAAAGAGAUACAGAUCGCCGAGGCACGUGCUUUUUACGGGUUUCAGAUUGCCAUUGAGAAUAUCCAUUCGGAAAUGUAUAGUUUGCUUUUGGAAUCUUAUAUUAAGGAUUCUAGUGAAAAGAGCAGGCUGUUUCGUGCUAUUGAAACUAUUCCGUGUGUUCAAAAGAAGGCCAAUUGGGCGCUUAAGUGGAUCGAUGGGUCCGAAUCCUUUGCAGAACGGAUCAUCGCUUUUGCCUGUGUUGAAGGGAUAUUUUUUUCAGGAAGCUUUUGCGCGAUAUUUUGGUUAAAAAAGCGCGGAUUGAUGCCAGGCCUAACAUUCUCAAACGAAUUGAUCUCACGAGACGAAGGACUACAUUGCGACUUUGCGUGUCUGCUAUACAAAUUACUAAACAGCAAACUAACGGAAGAAGGCGUAAAAGGCAUCGUUUCUGAUGCAGUUGAGAUCGAGAGAGAGUUUGUUUGCGACGCGUUACCUUGCGCGCUUGUUGGAAUGAACGGUGGUCUUAUGAGUCAAUACAUUGAGUUUGUAGCGGAUAGAUUGUUGGGAGAAUUGGGAUGUGGCAAAAUGUAUGGUACUCAGAACCCGUUUGAUUGGAUGGAAUUGAUUUCGUUACGAGGGAAGACUAAUUUUUUCGAGAAGAGAGUCGGGGAGUAUCAGAAGGCGUCUGUGAUGUCGAGUUUGAAUGGGUAUGGAAGUGAUUCGCAUGUUUUUAAAAUGGAUGAAGAUUUUUAAUGGGCUCAUUUUGUAACGUUUCUUUUUUAUCAAUGUUAUUGUAUUAUUAGUUGCUAGUAGUGAGUUUAUGUUUAUGUUUUUGUUACCUUGUGUUUGUCUUUUGACAAAUUACAUGAAUGAAAUUUAUGUUUGUAUUUGAUUGA